AUGGGUCCCCGGCAGCGGCUCCCCGGGGCGCACUGCUCGCUGCUGCUGCUGGCUGCGCUCCUGCGGGUCUCUCACGCUGCCCAGGGGCUGAACGAAGCCUCUUUCCCUGAGGACACAGAGUCUGACCCAGCGGGCACACCCUGGUUGAGUGACGCCGAUCUCUCCGAUGACGAAGACAUGCUGGCAGAUGAGGCCUCAGGAGAUGGCAACGGCAGCGGGGAGAACGGCAGUGGGAUCGCACUGCCCGACAUGCUGCUGUCCACCAGCCGGACGCCGAGCGUCACACUCUUGUCAAUGGCCCAACCGGGUGCAGCAGGGCAGCCCCAUCUAGCGGGUAUGACUGUGGCUGACCCGGACGAUGAGGCCCCGCUCAUCUACUUCCGCGCUCUGGUGAAUUUCACCCAGUCCAUUGAAUACAGCCCGCGGCUGGACGACGCCAAUUCGGAGGAGUUCCGGGAGGUUUCGGAGGCCGUGGUGGAUACGCUGGAGUCCGAGUACUACAAGAUUGGUGGGGAGCAGGUGGUCAGCGUGGUGUUCAUCAAGGAAAUCGACGGCUAUACCUUUGUGGAGCUGGAUGUGGGCUCAGAGGGGAACCUGGACGAGGGGGAGAUCCGCGAGGUGCUCUACUCUGUCAUCAAGAGCGGCUCCAUUGCCUCCUACAUCACCUCCACGCAGGGCUUCCAGUUCCGGCGCCUCGGGGCAGCGCCCCCGGAGGUGCGUGCCUGCACCGGGGAGGAGUUCGCCUGCACCAGCGGGGAGUGCAUCGACAAGGAGUUCCGCUGCGACCGCCGCCCUGACUGCCGCGACAUGUCGGACGAACAGAACUGUGAGUGCCCCAGCGAGGAGUUCCGGAAUGCCAGCGGGCUGGGGAGGCGGCAUGUGUGUUAUCGGCAGGAAGUGGUGACCCUCACACCCCAGCCCAUCACCACCGCUCAGCCAGCCACCUCCCGGACACCCACAACCACCCCCUUGACGCCCAUGGUCACUACCAGGAGGGUGCCGUUCACCACACCCCCCCGGCUCAUCACCUCCAAGCACCCGCCGGUUCGGAACCCCUUGGAGCAGCGCCCCUGCCGCCGGGACGAGGCUGUCUGCUCCAACAAGCAGUGCAUCCCCCGGGACUACCUGUGCGACGGCGAGCGGGACUGCCUGGAUGGGAGCGACGAGCUCAGCUGCGGCACCCCUACCCCGUGCGAGCCCAACGAGUUCAAGUGCCGGAACGGGCACUGUGCCCUCAAGCUGUGGCGCUGCGAUGGGGACAAUGACUGUGUGGACGGCUCCGAUGAGGUGGACUGCCCCACCAAGGGCCCCGACGACACCUGCAGCCCCGACCAGUUCACCUGCGUGUCCAGCCGCACCUGCAUCCCGGCCAGCUACCAGUGCGACGAGGAGGCCGACUGCCCCGACCGCUCCGACGAGGUCGGCUGCACACCGCCGCAAGUCAUCACGCCCCCCAAGGAGUCCGUGCAGGCCACCCCCGGGCAGACAGUGCGCUUCCGCUGCGUGGCCGUCGGAGUGCCUACCCCCAUCAUCACCUGGAGACUCAACUGGGGGCACAUACCUGCCAACAGGAGAGUGUCCAUAAGCAGCGAGAACGGCCACGGGACGCUGACCAUCCGGGACGUGAAGGAGGCCGACCAGGGUGCCUACACUUGUGAAGCCAUCAAUGCCCGGGGCAUGGUAUUCGGGAUCCCUGACGGCGUGCUGAGCCUCACGCCUCGGCAUGGUCCCUGCCCCGAAGGACACUUCCAUGUUGAAGGUACCUCCAAGUGCCUGGCCUGCUUCUGCUUCGGCAUCACCACGGCUUGCCAUGGCACCAGCCGCUACCGGGACCAGAUCCGCCUGCGCUUCGACACGCCCGAUGACUUCAAGGGUGUGAACGUGACAACACCAGCGCAGCCGGGGACGCUGCCCCUCUCCUCCACACAGCUCCAGAUCGACCCCACCCUGCAGGAGUUCCAGCUCGUGGACCUGUCCAGGAGGUUCCUGGCACACGACUCCUUCUGGACGUUGCCCAGCCAGUUCCUGGGCAACAAGGUGGACUCCUACGGCGGGUACCUCAGCUUCAAGGUGCGCUAUGGGCUGGCGCGCGGCCAGUCAGAGCCCGUGCAGAAGUCCAACGUGGUCAUUGUGGGGAAUGGGCAGAAGCUCAUCUACCGGGUGCAGGUGCCCACCCAGCCGUCGGUCGUCAACCAGCGCCAGAUUCACUUCAUAGAGGAGAACUGGCAGCACGAGUCGGGCGCCCCGGUGAGCCGGGAGACGCUGCUCCUGGCCCUGCAGAACCUGGAGAGCAUCCUGGUGCAGACGGUCUACGACAACAAGAUGGCGAGCGUGGGGCUGAGUGACAUCGCCAUGGACACCACCACCAUGGAGCUCACCAGCCAGGGCGUGGCGCAGGGCGUCGAGGAGUGCAGGUGCCCCAUCGGCUACUCGGGCCUGUCCUGCGAGAGGUGCGAUGCCCGGUUCGAGCGGGUACGCGAGGGCCCCUACCUCGGCACCUGCUCCGGCUGCAACUGCCACGGGCACUCCAGCUCCUGUGACCGGGCCUUCGGCUACUGUCUGAACUGCCAGCACAACACAGAGGGGUCUCAGUGUAACAAGUGCAAACCUGGCUUCUUUGGAGAUGCCACCAGAGGCAACGCCACGGCCUGUCGAUCCUGCCCCUGCCCCUACACCGACUCCACGCGCAGGUUCUCCGACACGUGCUUCCUGGACACGGAUGGCCAGGCCACAUGCGACGCCUGUGCCCAGGGAUACACGGGGCGACGCUGUGAGAGCUGUGCCCGUGGCUACGAAGGGAACCCCAUGCAGCCGGGCGGGAGAUGCGUGCCAACUGGUCAGGAGUUCAUGAAGUGUGACGAGCGGGGGAGCAGUGACUCCACAGGAGGCGCCUGCCGCUGUAAGCCCAACGUGGCGGGACGUCUCUGCAACGAGUGCACGUCUGGAGCCUUUUACCUGAGCGACCAGAAUCCCGACGGCUGCCUGAAAUGCUUCUGCAUGGGGGUGUCCCGGCAGUGCGCCAGCUCCUCCUGGAACAGAGAGCAGGUGCGGGCCAUGGACGGUGAGCGGGCGCACUUUAGCCUGGCCAACCUGGCCAACACCCGCACGGUCAGCGAGGGCAUCCGCUCCCUGAGCCACGCCGAGUUGGCCUUUUCCACCUUCCACGCCCUGCCCCGCGACGUCUACUACUGGGUCCUGCCUGACCGCUUCAAGGGAGACAAGGUGACCUCGUAUGGCGGGGAGCUGCACUACACCGUUAUGCACAGCGCGGCGCCCGGCGCCCAGCCCCUGCCCAGCCAGCCUGACGUGCUUCUGCGUGGCAACGGCAUCUUCCUGGAGCACUUCGCCGAGGCCGGCCCCCUGCCGGGGACCCCCACCCGCUUCACUGUCCCCUUCCGAGAGCGUGCCUGGCGCCGAGCUGAUGGGCAGGAUGCCACGCGGGAGCACCUGUUGAUGGCGCUGGCCGAUAUCGACCUCUUCAUGAUCCGGGCAUCGUACAUGGACAGGCCGGCAGAGAGCAGGCUCUCCAACAUCCACAUGGACGUGGCCGUGCCCCAUGCCACUGGCCUGGAGCAGGCGGUGGAGGUGGAGGAGUGCACCUGUCCCCCUGGCUACCGCGGCCCUUCCUGCCAGGACUGCGAUGUGGGCUAUGCUCGCACCACCAGCGGCCUCUACCUGGGUACCUGCGAGCUCUGCGACUGCAGCGGGCACUCGGGCGAGUGUGAUGCCGAGACGGGAGACUGCCAGAACUGCCAGGACAACACCGAGGGCACCAGGUGCGAACGCUGCCAGCCAGGUUACUAUGGCGACGCCCAACGAGGGACCCCAGCAGACUGCCAGCCCUGCCCAUGCCACGGGCCAUACGCAACCAGCCAGACCACGAAAACCUGCUUCUUGGACACGGACGGACAGCCCACAUGUGAUGCCUGCACCACGGGCUACGUGGGACGCCAGUGCCAGAGGUGUGCUCCUGGCUAUGUGGGGAACCCCAGCCUGGGACAGCCCUGCAGAGAGCUCACCAGACACUGCAGCUGUGACCCCCAAGGCAGCGUGAGCAGGCAGUGUGAUGCCAGCGGGCAGUGCCAGUGUAAGCCUCACGUGGAGGGUCCCUCCUGCAGCAGCUGCCGUGCCAACCAUUUCCACCUGAGCACCGAGAACCGCGAGGGUUGUCUGCCCUGCUUCUGCAUGGGUGUGACCCAGCAGUGCACCAGCUCCUCCUACUACCGGGGCCUGGUCACUAGCCCCUUCCUCCCGAGCGACUUCCAGAACUUUGCCCUGGUGAACCGCCAGCACAGCACCCGCAUCGUGACCGGCUUCGUCGUGGAGCUGUCAGCCGAGGGGCCGCAGCUCUCCUUCGGGCGCUUCGGCCAGCUGGGCCAGGAGUCCUACUACUGGCAGCUGCCCGGGCCCUACCAAGGAGACAAGUAUUCUCUCGUCUACAAGGGUUUCUCUCUGCUUCCUGAAAGUGUUUUCUACUGGCAGCUUCCCGGCACCUUCCUAGGGGACAAGGUUGGCUCCUAUGGUGGGCGGCUGCGCUACACCCUCUCCUACAGCUCUGGGGGGAGGAGUGCCCCACUGCCUGAUGCUGACGUGCAGAUCACGGGCAACGACAUCACGCUGGUGGCCUACCAGCCUGAGCUGCUGCCGCGCAACCGGCGGAGCUUCGAGAUCAUCCUCCGGGAGCAAUACUGGAAGCGGCCCGACGGGCAGCAUGCCACCCGGGAGCACCUGAUGAUGGCGCUGGCCGACCUGGACGAGAUCCUCAUCCGCGCCACCUACUCCACCGACAUGGUGUCGGCCAGCAUUGCUGGUGUCAGCAUGGAGACCGCUGUGCCCACCUACAGCAGCCUGCCACGGGCGCUGGAGGUGGAAGAGUGCCGCUGCCCGCCUGGGUACCGAGGCCUCUCCUGCCAGGACUGUGCUGCUGGCUACACUCGCACCGGAGGUGGCCUGUACCUCGGGCACUGCGAGCUGUGUGAGUGCAAUGGCCACUCGGACUCCUGCCACCCGGAGACGGGGGCCUGCUCGAACUGCUUACACAACGCGGCCGGGGAGUUCUGCGACCAGUGUGCCCCUGGCUACUAUGGUGACGCCACCGCCGGGACCCCCGAGGACUGCCAGCCUUGCGCCUGCCCACUCUCUGAGCCUGAGAACCAGUUCUCGCGGACGUGUGAGAGCCUGGGGGCGGGCGGCUAUCGCUGCUCGGCCUGCGAGCCCGGCUACACCGGCCAGUACUGCGAGCAAUGUGCGCCAGGCUAUGUGGGGAACCCCAGCGUGCGGGGGCAGAAGUGUGUACCUGUGGACCGAGCCCCUUUCGUGGUACGAGUCCACCCGCCAAAGACCACGGUCUCACAGGGUGGUGAGGUGACCCUGCGCUGCCAGGCCAGCGGCAGCCCGCCCUACUACUACUCCUGGUCGCGGGAGGAUGGGCGCCCCGUGCCCAGCACUGCCCAGAGCAGACGGCAAGGUGAAGAGCUCCACUUCCCCAGCAUCCAGCCCUCCGAGGCUGGUGUGUACGUCUGUACCUGCCGCAGCCUGCAGCACAGCAAUGCCAGCCGGGCGGAGGUCGUUGUCACGGAGGCCCCCAGCAAACCCAUCACGGUCACCGUGGAGGAGAAGAGGGUCCAGAGUGUGAAGCCUGGAGCUGACGUCACCUUCAUCUGUACGGCCAAGAGCAAGUCUCCGGCCUACACACUGGUCUGGACACGCCAGAACCACGGCAAGCUGCCACGCCGCGCCAUGGACUUCAACGGCAUCCUCACCAUCCGCAACGUGCAGCCCGAGGACGCCGGCAUCUAUGUCUGCACCGGCUCCAACAUGCUGGACAUGGCUGAGGGCACGGCCACGCUGCACGUGCAAGCCCCUCCUAAGACUCAGAUGUUUUAUGGACCCAUCGAAGUCAUGGAAGGCCACAGACCCUCUGCCACCGCCGUCCUGCCCACGGCCACCAUCGAGCCAGCACAGCUGACGGUCCAGCCAGGCCAGCCAGCUGAGUUCCACUGCAUUGCCACCGGGAGCCCCCCGCCCACUGUGGAGUGGAUCGGAGGGCAGGCUGGCAUCAUGUCUCGCAAGGCUGUGGUCCAGGGAGGGACCCUGCGCUUCCCCGCUGUGGAGCCCUCGGACGAGGCGGAGUAUCUGUGCCGUGUGCGCAGCAGUGCUGGGCAGCACGUGGCCCGGGCCUUCCUGCAAGUGCACAGUGCCAGCAUGCCGCAGGUGCAGGUGAGCCCGGAGCGGACAGAGGUGCAGGAGGGCAGCACGGUGAGACUGUACUGCAGGGCUGCCGGCUCCCCCACUGCCACCAUCACCUGGGAGAAGCAAGGGGGUAGCCUCCCACCCCAGUCCCGCUCGGAGCGCACCGACAUCGCCACUCUGGUGAUCCCCUCCAUCACGGCCGCUGACAGCGGGGUCUACCUGUGCAUCGGGACCAGCCCAGCCGGUGUCGGCAGUGCCAGGAUCGAGGUGGUGGUGCUACGAGCCUCGGGCGUGCCGCCCCCCAUCCGGAUCGAGGCCUCAUCGUCUUCCAUCGCUGAGGGACAGACCCUGGAUCUGAACUGCCUCGUCACGGGCCAGGCACCAGCCACAGUGACGUGGUACAAGCGGGGGGGCUCUCUGCCGGCCAGACACCAGGUCUCCGGCUCCCACCUACGCAUCUCUCAGGUCUCGGCGGCCGACUCGGGUGAGUACGUCUGCCGCGUGAGCAUUGGUGCCAGCUCCCGUGAGGCCUCCAUCCCAGUUACUGUCCAGCACAGUGCCGUCUCCCCACAUGCCCCCCCCAUCCACAUUGAGUCCUCCUCCUCCGCCGUCACUGAGGGACAGUCCUUGGACUUGAACUGCCUCGUCACGGACCAGUCGUCAGCCACAGUCAUGUGGUACAAGCGGGGGGGCUCCCUGCCGGAUGGCCACCAGGUCUCUGGCUCCCACCUGCGGCUGGUCCGGGUCUCGGUGGCCGACUCGGGUGAGUACGUCUGCCGCGUCAGCACCGGCGCUGGUAUCCAAGAGGCCUCCAUCAUCGUCACCAUCUACCGCACCACCGGCUCACCCUACUCCUCGGGCGAAGAGCCCCCUGUCCGCAUUGAGUCUUCCUCGUCCUCCAUCGCUGAGGGACAGACCCUGGACCUGCACUGCCUUGUCAUGGGCCAGGCACUAGCCACAGUCACGUGGUACAAGCGGGGGGGCUCCCUGCCGGCCAGUCGCCAGGUCUCUGGCUCCCACCUGCGCAUCCCCCAGGUCUUGGCAGCCGACUCCGGCGAGUACGUCUGCCGCAUCAGCACUGGCACCAUGGUCCAAGAAGCCUCCGUCAUUGUCACCGUCAGCAGCGCCGGGUCUUCCUACUCCUCGGGCAUCCACCCCCCAAUUUCGAUAGAGCAGUCAUCAUCCUCUGUCACUGAGGGACAGACCCUGGACCUGAAGUGCCUCGUCGCGGGCCAGGCGCCAGCCACGGUCAUGUGGUACAAGCGGGGGGGCUCCCUGCCGGCGGACCACCAGCUCUCCGGCUCACACCUGCGGCUGGUCCAGGUCUCGGCGGCUGACUCGGGCGAGUAUGUCUGCCGCGCCGGCACCAAGGAGGCCUCUGUCAUCGUCACCAUCCAGCAGACCAGCAGUAUCUCCUAUCCCUCAGGCGUCACCCCACCAGUGAGGAUUGAGUCUUCCUCGUCCUCUGUCGCCGAGGGACAGACCUUGGACCUGAACUGCCUCGUUGCGGGCCAGGUGCAGCCCAGAGUCACAUGGCACAAGCGGGGGGGCUCCCUGCCGGCCAGCCACCAGGUCUCCGGCUCGCGCUUGCGCAUCCCCCAGGUCUCGGCGGCCGACUCAGGCGAGUACGUCUGCCGCGUCAGCACCGGCGCCAUCACCCAGGAGACCUCGCUCAUCGUCACCAUCCAGGGCGGUGCCGGCUCCUCCUACUCUCUGGGCGUCACCCCCACAGUGAGGAUUGAGACCUCUUCCGCGUCCAUUGCCGAGGGACAGACCUUGGACCUGAACUGCAUGGUCGCAGGCCAGGCGCAGCCCAGAGUCACGUGGUACAGGCGAGGGGACUCCCUGCCAGCCAGUAGCCAGGUCUCCGGCUCCCGCCUGCGCAUCCCCCAGGUCUCAGUUGCCGACUCGGGCGAGUACAUCUGCCGUGUCAGCAAUGGCGCUGGCCCCCUGGAGGCCUCCGUCAUCGUCACCAUCCCCCGCAGUGCUGGCUCCUCGUACCCCUUGGGCAUGGUGCCCCCUGUCCGGAUUGAGUCUUCCUCAUCCUCCAUCGCGGAGGGACAGACCUUGGACCUGAACUGCCUCGUCGCGGGCCAGGCACAGCCCAGAGUCACGUGGUACAAGCGGGGGGGCUCCCUGCCGGCCAGCCACCAGGUCUCCGGCUCCCGCCUGCGCAUCCCCCAGGUUUCGGCGGCCGACUCGGGCGAGUACGUCUGCCGCGUCAGUACCGGCGCCGUCACCCAGGAGGCAGCUCUUGUCAUCACCAUCGAGGACAGCACCGGCCCAUCCUACUCUUCGGGCAUGGUGCCCCCCAUCCGGAUCGAGUCUUCCUCAUCCUCCAUCGCCGAGGGACAGACCCUGGAUCUGAACUGCCUCGUCGCGGGCCAGGCGCCAGCCACAGUCACGUGGUACAAGCGGGGGGGCUCCCUGCUGGCCAGUCACCAGGUCUCCGGCUCCCGCCUGCGGCUGGUCCAGGUCUCUGCAGCCGACUCAGGCGAAUACGUCUGCCGUGUCAGCACCAGCGCCGGCCCCCGCGAGGCCUCCAUCACUGUGAGCGUCCCUUCUGGCACCAGCUCCUCCUACCGUCUGCAGAGCCCCAUCAUCUCCAUCGAGCCGCACAGCACUGCUGUGCGCCAGGGCGAGGAUGCCACCUUCAAGUGCCGCAUCCACGGUGGUGCCCGGCCCAUCAAUAUCACCUGGAAGAUGGCCCCGAAGCAGCAUCUGCAAGACAAUGUGAAGAUCAGCCCCAACGGCUCAGUGAUCACCAUCUCCAGGGCUCGCCCCAGCAACCAGGGGGCCUAUCGCUGUGUGGCCUCCAACCGCUACGGAGUAGCCAACAGCGUGGUUAACUUAAUGGUGCAAGGCUCUCCUACAGUGUCCGUGAUGCCCAAGGGCCCCGUGACGGUGAAGGCAGGCAAGUCCAUCAGCCUGGAUUGCCUUGGCAUGGGCGACCCGCGCCCACUUGUUCGCUGGAGCCGCUUGGGCAUGAGGCAGAAAAUGGAGCACCAGAAGUUGUUGCCCCUGGAGAGCCAAGCAGUGCUGCAGAUCUCGGCAGCCAAGCCUGAAGAUGCUGGCACCUACAUCUGCAUGGCCCAGAACUCCAUCGGCUCCGCACAGGUCCAAGUGGAGGUGAGCGUGGAAGCUGCCCACGGAAAGCCCGGCGCCCCUGAAAUCACAGUGAAGCCGACACUGACAGUGGUAGCUGGAGAAACCGCGACCCUCCAGUGCUCCGCUAUAGGUGACCCCCCUCCCACCAUCCAGUGGUCCAAGCUGAGGGCCCCGCUGCCCUGGCAACAUCGGGUGGUGAAUAACACUCUGCUCAUCCCCCGCGUGGCCCAGCAGGACUCAGGCCAGUACAUCUGCAACGCCAGCAAUGCUGCCGGCUUCACUGAGGCCUUCGUCACACUGGACGUGGAGACACCCCCCUACGCAACCAGCCUGCCCGAGGAGGUCUCGGUGUCAGCGGGCGAGGCGGUGCAGCUGCAGUGCCUGGCCCACGGCACGCCACCCCUGCACUACCAGUGGAGCAAGGCCAAUGGCAGCCUGUCCAGCAAUGCCAUCCUGCGGGAGAGUGCCCUGCACAUCCGCCCCACUGUGCCCGAGGACUCGGGGACCUAUCGCUGCCUUGUCAGCAACAGGGUGGGCUCGGCAGAGACCUUCGCCCAGGUCAGCGUCCAGGGAUCAGCCCCCAGCGCCUCCCCGACCGUGCGAGUCACACCCCAGACGGACGUGAGGGGCGUGGGCGGCACGGCCGAGUUCACCUGCUCCGUCACCGGAGACACCCGGGCGCGGAUCGAGUGGUUCAGGGAGGAUGGGGAACUGCCCGCCAGCCACAGCGUGCAGAACGGGGUGCUGCGAAUCCAGAACUUGGAUCGUGGUUGCCAGGGGGUUUACACCUGCCGAGUAAGCAGCCCCUCCGGGCAGGCCCAGGACAGCGCAAGGCUGGUGAUCCAGGUUCUGCCCAAGGUGAUGAUCAACGUGCGCACCUCGGUGCAGUCAGUGCUGGUGGGCGCGGCGGUGGAGUUCGAGUGCCUGGCCAUCGGGGACCCCAAGGCACACAUCACCUGGAGUAAGGUGGGCAGCCGCAUUCGCCCCGAGGUGGUCGUCAGCGGUGGGAUGGUGAAGAUCGAGCGGGUGGAGCAAUCGGACGCAGGGCAGUACCGCUGCACCGCCACCAACGACGUGGGCACCGUGCAGUCCAACGUCAUCCUGCACGUGCAGUCCAUCCCCCAGAUCGCAGCUCAGCCGGAGGUCAAGGAGGUCACCACGGGGUCGAGGGCAGUAUUCCCGUGCCUGGCGUCUGGCUUCCCUGUCCCAGAGAUCAAGUGGACCAAGCUGGAAGGAGACCUCCCAAAAGACAUUUGUCUGGAGAACAACGUCUUGACCAUUCCAUCUGUGAAGCCAGAAGAUGCCGGGAUCUAUGUCUGCACGGCAUCCAACAGGCAAGGGAAGGUGACGACCUUCUCCAUGCUCAAAGUCCAAGAGCGGGUGGUGCCGUAUUUUACUCAGAAUCCUCAGACCUUCCUUGCCUUGCCCACCAUCAAGGACGCCUACAAGAAGUUUGAAAUCCAGAUCACCUUCCGGCCAGACACUGCUGAUGGGAUGCUGCUGUACAAUGGGCAGAAGAAGAGCACCGGCGCUGACUUCGUGUCCUUUGGUCUGGUGGGAGGCCGCCCGGAGUUCAGGUUUGACGCCGGCUCAGGCAUGGCCACGAUUCGGCACCCGGCGCCAAUCCGACUUGGGGAGUUUCACACGGUCCGGCUAUACCGGAACCUCACCCAGGGCUCCCUGGUGCUGGACAGCCACCCUCCUGUCAACGGCACGUCCCAGGGUAAAUUCCAAGGGCUGGAUCUGAACGAGGAGCUGUACCUCGGCGGCUAUCCCGACUACAUCGCCGUCGCCAAAUCCGGCCUCAGCAGCGGCUUUGUGGGCUGUGUGCGCCAACUCCUGGUCCAGGGCGAGGAGGUGAUCUUUAAGGAUCUGGACUUGAAAGCUCAUGGUGUUUCAAACUGUCCCACGUGCCGGGACCGGCCAUGUCAGAAUGGAGGCGUCUGCAGGGACUCAGAGAGCAGCAGCUACGUGUGCCACUGUCCACAGGAAUUCACGGGGAGCAACUGUGAACAUUCACAGGCACUGCAUUGCCACCCAGAGGCCUGCGGACCGGAUGCCACCUGCAUUAACCGUGCAGACGGGCAGGGCUACCGCUGCCGCUGCCACCUGGGCAAGUCUGGGGAGACGUGCAUGGAAGGCGUCAUGGCGACCACCCCUUCCUUCAAUGGGAGCGACUCGUUCAUCUCCUACCCGCCCCUCACCAACAUCCACUACGAGCUGCGCCUCGACGCGGAGUUCAAGCCGCUCUCCCCCGACGGCCUCAUCCUGUUCAGCGGGGGCUCAGGCGCCCCCGUGGAGGACUUCGUGUCACUUACCAUGGCCAGCGGGCACGUGGAGUUCCGCUACGAGCUGGGCUCAGGCAUGGCUGUGCUCCGGAGCACAGAGCCACUCGCCCUGGGCCAGUGGCACAAAGUCUCGGCAGAACGGAUCAACAAGGAUGGCACCCUGCAGGUGGACAGCAGCAAGCCGGUGAAGAGGUCCUCCCCGGGGAAAAGCCAGGGGCUCAACCUCCGCACGCCCAUGUACCUGGGCGGGGUGGACAAAUCCAUCACACUGCCUGCGGCCGCCAGCAUCAGCUCCAGCUUCCAUGGCUGCAUUGGGGAGGUGUCGAUCAAUGGGAAGAAGGUGGACAUCUCCUACAGCUUCCUGGAGAGCCGGGGCAUCACCCAGUGCUAUGACAGCUCACCCUGCGACCGCAGGCCCUGCCUGCACGGCGCCACCUGCAUGCCCACUGGCGAGUACGAGUUCCAGUGCCUGUGCCAGGAUGGCUUCCGAGGCGGUCGCUGCGAGCUCGCUGAGGAUCAGUGCCUGCUCAGGAACCCCUGCCUGAACGGUGGGAAGUGCAAGGCAAACCAGUGCCUGUGCCCGGCCGGCUUCUCGGGGACAUACUGCGAGCAGGGCCCGGCCCUGGCGGCGCUGGACCGUGAGUGGGCCCUGGAGGGCAGCGGGGGAAACGACGCCCCAGGCCAGUACGGAGCCUACUUCCAGGAUGGCGGCUACCUCGCGCUCCCCCGGCACGUGCUGCCCCGCAGUCACCCCAAGUCUCCAGAGACCAUUGAGCUGGAAGUGCGCACGCGCUCCCCGAACGGCAUCCUCCUGUGGCAGGGCGUGGUGACCGGGCAGCCUGCUCUCAAGCCACAUGCUACUAGCGAGGAGGAAGGGCAGAACGGCAAAGCCAAGGACUUCAUCAGCCUCGGCCUGAGAGAUGGACACCUGGUGUUCAGUUACCAGCUGGGCAGCGGCGAAGCCAGCAUCGUCUCUGAGGACCCCAUCAACGAUGGAGAGUGGCACAGAGUGACAGCCGUUCGGGAAGGCAGGCGGGGCUCCAUUCAGGUGGACGGCGAGGAGCUGGUGAGUGGGGAGUCGCCAGGCAGCAACGUCAUGGUGAACACCCAAGGCAGCGUGUACAUAGGAGGCGCUCCUGCCAUCCAAGCCCUGACCGCCGGCAAGUUCCGCUCAGGAAUCACAGGGUGCAUUAAAAACCUGGUGCUGAGCAGCGAGCGGCCAGGCCAGCCGCCGCGGCAGCCCAUUGACUUGCAGCAUCACUCGGAGGCGGGAGUUAACAUGCAAGAGUGCCCCUCAUAG